AUGGAUGACCAACCCGCUGAGCGACAUCGAGACCAGAGCAAGCCAUGUGCACUUGCACGCGUGUCGAAAGCCAGCCUCGAAUGCCACAUGUUUGCACACUGUCACAAUGAGUCUGAAAAGUGCCCCACUGCUCCUCCAACUGAUGUUCAGAUGGGAGAGAAGGGUUCUGCAUUCAACAUCUAUCCCUCUGCAUUCUCGUGGUCUGGAAGUGACGAGAACCACGUCGCGAAGCAUACUGACAAGAGGCCAUACAAGAGCGAUGUCUGCCCUGCAGAGAUCAGCCUGGGCAGGAACCUACAGCAGCACAAGCAGACAGAUUCAUGCAAGAAACCAUACAAGUGCGAUGUCUGCCCUGCGGAGUUCAGACGGAGCGCCCACCUGCAGCAGCACAAGCGGACACACACGGGCGAGAAGCCAUACAGGUGCAAUGUCUGCCCUGCGGAGUUUAGCCAAAGUGGGCUACUACAGCAGCACAAGCGGGCACACACGGGUGAGAAGCCAUACAAGUGCGAUGUCUGCCAUGCAGAGUUUAGGCUGAGUGGGCACCUAGGGCUUCACAGGCGGACACACACGGGUGAGAAGCCAUACAAGUGCGAUGUUUGCCUUGCGAAGUUCAGUCAGAGUGGGCACCUACGGCUUCACAGGCGGACACACACGGGUGAGAAGCCAUACAAGUGCAAUGUCUGCCCUGCGGAGUUCAGCAAGAGCGGGAACCUACAGCAGCACCAGCGAAUACACACAGGUGAGAAGCCAUACAAGUGCGAUGUCUGCCACGCGGAGUUCAGCUGCAGCGGGAACCUACAGCAGCACAAGCGGACACACACGGGGGAGAAGCCAUACAAGUGCAAUAUCUGCCAUGCAGAGUUCAGCCUGAGUGGGACCCUGCAGCAGCACAAGCGGACACACACGGGCGAGAAGCCAUACAAGUGCGAUGUCUGCCCUGCGGAGUUCAGCAAGGGCUGGGGCCUACAGCAGCACAAGUGGACACACACGGGUGAGAAGCCAUACAAGUGCAGUCGCUGUCUUGCAGAGUUCAGACAGCGCGCAACCUUGUCACGUCACGAGCGAACACACACGGGUGAGCUGCCGUAA